AAAAUUAAGCUGCGGCACGCAAAGACGCGAAUAGAGGCGAAUUUCCGUCGGAAAAACCUGUGGCGCGAAUCGAUGAAAUAGCCUAGGCCUAUUUGAUAUUUUCAGCGAAUUUCGCUUGAUGCUUUGUCGUGACAGCCUAUCAGCAUUCACUCCCUGAAGUACUUCCUCAAAUCGAGAGUCGCAAUGAUGUCUAUCUCGACCAUUUGUGAGAAUGAAUUUGCGGAAAUAAACGUUGUGGUGUGAACACACAGUAAGGUGCAUUGUCUUGAAGAUAAUUUUGUGUUUUUCUGCAUGUGCGAAAUUAGGUCGAGAUUCACUUUUUAUAAAGAGCACUUCAUCAUCACCUUGGAUUUAAUAACAACAGUGAUAUAAUAUUUUCUCGUCUCCCUCUCUUGAAGCCAUGUGGGGACGUUUGGUUGUGUUGCUAGCUCUGAUAGGUGGCACUCUUUCACUGGACAAACUGAACAUGUGCAUGGAUGCCAAACACCACAAAACUCAGCCUGGAGUUGAGGGACAACUUUACCGGCAGUGUUCUCCUUGGAAAGACAACGCAUGUUGCACAGCAAACACCAGCGCAGAGGCUCAUGAUGAUAACUCCUACCUUUACAACUUUAACUGGAACCACUGUGGCAUCAUGUCAGCCAAAUGCAAGAAACACUUCGUCCAGGACACCUGCUUCUACGAGUGCUCACCGCAUCUGGGACCAUGGAUACAGCCGGUGGAUCAGUCCUGGCGUAAGGAGCGCAUCCUUGAUGUGCCCUUGUGUAAGGAAGACUGCCACACCUGGUGGGACGACUGUAAGGAUGACCUUACCUGCAAGACCGACUGGCACCGUGGAUGGGACUGGAAAUCUGGAAUCAACCAGUGCCCACAGAACGCACACUGCAAAAAGUGGACAGAAGUUUACCCCACAGCUAAGUCCCAUGUGUGA